AUGGAGGGCCUUCUUCGCUGCGCGGCUGCAGCCCUUUCCUUUCUCCUGCUUCUGCUGGCUUUGGCGACACAGCCUACGGUUUCUGUGGCCCCUGGCGUCGCCUCCGCACCAGAAGCUCCGGCGGUGCCGGAGGAGGUGGACUAUUCCCUCAAUGAGGCAGAUGAACCAGAAUAUGACGAGGAGAAGACCGUCCCAGUGUUCGCUGACGAUCUCUUCGCACAGGGUCCAGAAACCCUCCGGAGAAAUCAAGAAGAACUCAACUUGAGGGAGCAGCGGGGCUUGCGCAGGAAACAGAAACUGGAGAAGCGCAGGAAAGCUGCACUGUAUAGCGCGAUUACACAGUGGACGGCCCUGCUGCUCGUUACGACUGCCAUCUCGGCUGCGUCUGUCUUCAUCCUUUGGAAAACAUACAAGACGCUCGAGGUCCAAGAGGCUGAGGAGCCGAAACAGGAGCCCGCGCCGAAAGCGAAAGAGGCCGAAGUCAAGAGUGAAAAAGAGAAAGAGGCCAAAGUCGAGAGUGGAGAAGAGAAAGAGGCCGAAGUCGAGAGUGAAAAAGUGACAUCUCCCGAAGUCGCCGAAGUCGCUACUCCGGAACCGAAUGAUCUGUCUGCCAAGUUGUCCCGAACUCUUAUACGCUUCAUAAUGACAUACGGGGCAAUGGUGGCUACCUUGGGCGUGUUUCGACUCGCCAGCAAAGUUGUCAGGUACUGGCUGGGGCAGUGA